UUCCUUUGGCCUCGAUGCGUCGUCCUCGUCGUCGUCGUCGUCGUCGUCUUCUCCAUCGUGCUCACUCACUCUCUCUCUCUCUCUCUCCCUCUCCUAAUCCGCACUCUACCUCCCUCGUUGCACGCCACAUCUACUCUGGGAAUACUCAUGCGGGUACAGUACAGACAACUGCACCCGACCUCCCCCUCCCUACCCAGAAGCACUCAGGCCUCCCGUCGGGAAUGCACCCCGUCCAUAAGACCGUGCGCCAUCCAAGUUGAAAGACUUGUAACGCUUUCCAGGAGGCCCCGCCAGGCCAGGAGGUGGCAGGCGUCGGCCCGCGUCGUCCUCGUCGACCUCGAGGGCUACUCGAGGCUGCAGUACUCCCUCUCUCAUAGUACCCACUCGGGUCCGAUUGGAUGCCGCUCGCCGCCCGUUCCCCAUUCCGGCCCGGUCCCAGACGCGUCGGGCAAGGGGGGUAACGGCAGCCACAGGGAACGUUUCGGAUCGCGUCCUUUUUGCCUCGAUGGUCUCGAUGGCCUCGAUGGCCUCGAUGGCCUCAAUCGCCUCGAUGGUCUUGGAACUCUUGCAUCCGCACUUUUACGCGGAACGCGUCUGUCUGGCGCGCGUCAAUGCCAUCAUCACAUCCGCCUCCGCUGUUAGAGAACACAUGCAGGAACGAAUCGAGUAGAUGAGAC